UUAAAACUACUCUCCUCUCCUCUCUAGCUCUAUCUUGCUAGCCUAGCUUAUCCGAGCUAUGGCUAGCCCUCUGCCUUCUUCCUCCCGUCUUUUCUGCUCAGUGUGCUGUAUGUAUAGCGAGCACCCUGGCUCCUUCGUCGAGGACAGUAGUAGCUGUAGGAAGUGUAGCUUAGUCUCAGGGUUGGAGACCAGGGUUUUUGAGCUAGAAGCACGGCUCUGCACUCUAGAGACGAAAGCUAGUCCUAGCUAUAGCCAGGUAGUGGCAGGGCCCGCAGGUCGUGCUUGCAGUAGUAGGAUUGCUAGCGCAGGUAGCCCCCCAGCGAGCCCCGUGCAGCCGGGGGAAAUUAAGGACGGAUUUGUGACUGUACGGGGGAAGCGCAGUGGUAAACGCACAACCUUAGUGCACCAGCAGCUUCACGUCAGCAAUAGGUUUGCCCCCCUCAGCGACACACCGGCUGAACCAGACACUCUCGUAAUUGGAAGCUCCAUAGUUAGAGACGUGAAGCACCCGGCGGUGUCUGUCAGGUGUUACCCAGGGGCCAGAGUCGGUGACAUCGAAGGAAACCUCAGGCUCUUAAAGCAGAGUAGGAAGAGGUUCCGCCGUAUCGUGAUUCACGCAGGCGGUAACGACGCCCGGCGGAGACAGUCUGAGGUGCUUAAAUUAAACGUAGCCUCGGUGUGUGAACUUGCUAAGUCGAUGGCGGACACCGUAGUUUUCUCUGGUCCUCUGCCUAAUUUGGUCAAUGAUGAGAUGUACUCUAGAUUCUCAUCAUUUAACCGCUGGUUGUCUAGAUGGUGCCCAGAAAACGAUAUAGUCUUUGUUGAUAACUGGCACGCGUUUUGGGGCAAGCCCGGGCUCAUGCGCCGAGACGGCAUUCAUCCGACUUGGGACGGUGCUGCUCUCUUAACUCGAAAUUUGGCCGCCAAACUAAGUCUCCCAAAGUGACACUUCAGAGUGGGGGCCCGGGCGCAGUGUUGUAGUGUAAAACACAACUCUGUCAGUAGUGACCACUCGCCUCUUUCCGAGCUGUCACAAAUCCAAAAUUCAGGACAGAAGAUAGAGACUGUGUCCGUGCCUCGUAUAGUGAACAGGGGAAAACAGAGUACUAUAGGAACGAGACCAAAGAAUUUAAUACAUAUAGUCCCUGAUAGCAGUGAAAAUAAAAUAGCUCGUAAUAAUAAAUAUAUAAGAUGCGGAUUAUUAAACAUCAGGUCAAUCUCGCCCAAAUCUCUGUUAGUUAAUGACUUAAUUGGGGAUUAUAAUAUUCAUAUUUUGGCCCUGACUGAAACUUGGCUUCAGCAGGAUGACUUUGUUAGACUUAAUGAAUCCACACCCCCAAGUCACGUGAAUUUUCACACAGCUAGAAGCACGGGCCGUGGAGGGGGGGUGGCAGUAAUAUCACACUCUUGUUUAGGUAUGAGCCCAAAAAGUAAAGCUAAUCACAUUUAUAAAUCCUUUGAAAGUCUAGCACUAUCAAUUAUAGACGCUAACUGGAAGAACCAAAAACCAAUUCUUUUCAUAGUGGUUUACCGUCCCCCUGGUCCCUACUCACAGUUUUUGUUAGAUUUCUCUGACUUUUUAU